AUGGCUCUCAUUACACUGCUCUUUCUAAUACUGCUCCAAAUCACUAUAAUCCUCAUCACCACAUGCAGUAUUCCGACCGGUGCGGCAACCGUGCCGAAUUUCACCUCCAUUCUCAUCUUCGGCGAUUCCACUGUUGAUACCGGGAAUAACAACUUCGUCGAUACGGUUUUUAAAGCAAAUCACGAACCGUAUGGCCAAGAUUUCCCAGGUCACAUUCCUACGGGUAGGUUUUCGAAUGGAAAACUCAUUCCGGACUUUGUAGCAUACUUUCUAGGCAUUAAACAAACAGUCCCUCCUUCUCUAGACCCGAGUCUCUCGAAAGAUGACCUUCGAACCGGUGUAAGUUUCGCAUCGGCUGGAUCCGGAUAUGAUGAGAUCACCACUGUCAUGACAGGAGCGAUCCCGCUGCCGAAGCAACUCCAGCAAUUCAGGAGUCAUAGAGAAAACCUUAGUAGGAUUUUUGGUGAAGUUGAAGCUCAAAACAUCAUUGAAAAGUCUUUGACAAUCGUCAGUGCAGGGACCAACGACUUUGGUUUCAAUUACUACCUCUUGCCGAUGCGUAAACAACAGUACGAUGUUAGCGGCUUUCAAGAUUUUAUGCUAAAAGCAUUACAAGACUUCGUCAAGGAACUAUACAAGCAGGGCUGUCGUAAAAUCGUCAUAGCAGGACUUCCUCCAAUGGGAUGUGUUCCGGUCCUAAUCACGGAAAGACUUAAGCCCUUCGAUCGAAGUUGUUUGGAGGACGAGAACGCCGACGCCCGGUCCUACAACAAAAAGCUUUUGAACUUGCUACCACCACUGGAGGCUAAGCUCCCUGGGGCCAAAAUCGUGUAUGCCGACAUAUACACACCGUUACUGGACAUGACGACUAAUCCGAAAAAAUAUGGUUUCACGGAGACAAAUAAAGGAUGCUGCGGGACUGGAUUAGUCGAAGCUGCAUUUUUGUGCAAUGCAGAGACUCCAGUUUGUGAGAAGCCUUCAGAGUUCAUGUUUUGGGACAGUAUUCAUCCAAGCGAGACAGCUUACAGGGCCCUGUGUGAUUGGUUGGUAAACCGAAUCCUUCAAAAGCUUACUUUGAAGUAA